GGACGAUACUCCAGAAGCACAGAAAUGUACACGGUCCCACCAACAACAUCAAAUUCAAGGACUACAGCCAUACGUCGAACACGGGGUCCACAAAAAAUGCAUCCAAACCACACGACCAAACUCGCUCACGAAGAGCGAAGGAAAAGCAAAAAAUUGCAAGGACCACGACAGUCCAAGAGUAGUCUGAAUCGAGUUUCGCACCUGUCUACCCAGAAGGGCAAACGGUAAAGCGCGAGCCGCGAAGUGGACUCAAGGAUACAAUCCUCCCUUUCAUCACACUAUCAUCCCGACCCAUGCCCCGCCCCCGCUUCUUGCGCCAGCCCAAGUCCCAUGAUUUACAUCGCAACCCUAAGUGCAUGCCUCGUGGGUUAUAUCACCGACAUAGCUCGGAUCAAUGGGCAUACUGUCCUCAAGAACAGAUGGAUGCCCUUCUUCAAAAGGACAUGACAUCUGGUCCAGAGGCGCACAGAAGUGCAGGGCGCGAACACGGGGACGUAUAGGGCACGAGAAAGAAUAAAAGCACGACGAAAGAAGAGAACGCACCCAAAUCCCCGCGACGCCUUUCAACCACAGCCGUUGCCCACCCUGCACAGCUCCCUCCUCACUCGUCAGCGGCCGGAGUUCCAAUCACACCGACGAGGAAUCUUCGGUAGACCAAAAAGUCAGCAGCUGCGGGGCUUCUCUUCUCGGAGAGGCAGGCUAUAGGAUAUUUAUUGUACGUCGCUCAGCUCGUGAGAGCUGGGUCCUGCUAAGAC